AUGGCGUACAAUUCUCUAAAUGUGAAAUCUAAAUCGGCUGGCCCCGGCUCUUCCCUACGAAUCACACCGUCCAACUCCCCGGCCAUCAGACCUCCACCGCGUACCCCCAAUCGAGCCCCCCAGUACCAAUCGACUCUGUCCCUCCGAACCGUCAUUGGCACAACUACAACAACUCCCAAUGGCUUCUCCAGUCACGACCAGAGUCGGUCCUUUGCUCUCUGUGCAGGCUCAGCUGCUGUGCUGGCAGAGUUGGAUGACAACGAUGAUGUAAACCAACGAUUCUUCAGAGCGCGCCCCUCCGUCCCUAGUGUAAACCCAGUUACAUCAUUCUACAACCAGUCCACCCCUCCGACCACUCCAGAUACGCGAAAGAGGUCGUUUUCCGGCAUAAAGCCCGGCGCAAACAGCGCGAAUUACAAUGGCACCCCAUCUACCGAAAUGACAGAUGCUGCCGCAGCUCGUGCGUGGUCGUCGAGGGAGAGAGUCAAGGCUGUAACCAGCGUGGCGAUUAGUCCAAAUGGACGACUUCUUGCCACUGGAUACAACCCUCGAGUCCUCAUCUUCUCCACCGCCAGAGAUGCGCCCCCAGACGUCCCUCUUUCUAUCCUUAACGAACAUAGCUUCGGGGUCCGCAGCUUAUCCUUUAGCUCGAACUCGCAAUAUCUGGCUACACUUGGAGAUGUAAAUGAUGGUUUCCUCUUUGUAUGGACUGUCAACCUCAAAAAUGGCGCAGCAAAGCUGCAUUCGACCAACAAAUGCACUUCCUUCAUUCGUGAUAUGUGCUGGAUGGGACAAUCCUUGAUCACUGCAGGUGUGCGACACGUCAAGGUCUGGCGACUUCCGGAAGCCAACUCAGGAUCACCUACCAAGUCCCGCGCAAACGGUGAAUUAGCUCCCAGCACCACAACAAUUGCGCCCAGGGCUCUUUCGGGGAGGAAUUGCUUGCUGGGGGCUCUGGCUGAGAAUACGUUCACCUGCGUUGCCAGUAUCUCGGAGCAGGAGGCUGUUCUCGGGACAGACACGGGGGCCUUAUGUCUUCUAGACGACAAAGGAUCGUCUCAAAAAUUGUUUCCUGUCAAGCAUGUGGGCUUCAGCAUCACUUCCUUGACGGUCGACUCCGAUCAAUCUUGCAUUUGGAUAGGUGGCCGAGGACAACGGAUGCAGAGAGUCUCAGUGGAAGAACUACGGCCGUCUUCCAGGGCUUCCCCCGUGGAAACCGCACGGUUACUCUCUCCAGAGCGCAAGUGUAAGGGCCCUGCAAUUACUUGCAUGGGCUCGUUGACGUCCCACCUAGUGACUCUGGACACCACAAAAGCUAUCCAUAUCUAUCGAAUGGAUGUCUUAAACAGCCCUGAUGGGCUUGACUCUGCUGCUGAAACUACGAUGUCGGCUCAUCGGGACUCUGUCCUUGGUAUCCGCACACUACAAGAGCCUAACCCGUGGAACGCCGACUUCUUCACGUGGUCGUGCAAGGGCAUUGUGAACUUUUGGAAUAUAGAUGGCAAAUGCCAGGAUUCGAAAAGUGUAACCCUAGAGCAGAUCGCUGGAAACGACAGCGAGCAUUCGAACGAGCUGAAGGUGUUACGUGCCUCCGAGGGUACGGACCUCUUACUAUCUGGCGAUAAAUUUGGUGUAUUGCGAGUUUUGCAAGGACAAUCAUUGGAGUGCGUGGGUGUCGUUCGAGCACAUGGAGGUGAGAUAACCGACAUCGCCUUGCAUUCCACAGAAGAGACAUGCGUAGUCGCCAGCUGCGGCCGUGACCGCAUGGUCCAGCUCUUCCAAUGGAGCGGAGAAAAUCUCCAAUUGAUACAGACGAUGGAUGAUCAUGUUGGCGCCGUGGGACAGCUAUUGUUUGUGAACGACGGAGAAAGAUUGAUCUCAUGCUCUGCUGAUCGAACGAUCAUUAUCAGAGAUCGCGUGACCAGGGAAGAAAAUGGUUCAACUGUCGUCGCCUACUUGAUCUCUAAGGUAAUAACGGUGAAAGCCUCACCUGUCUCAAUGGCUCUAUCUACAGAGGACUCAGACACCAUCGUGGUAUCGACAGUGGACCGUUGCAUCCAGCAGUAUGAUAUUGCUUCUGGCCGCCAUGUCCAAUCAUUCCGGGCUGUUGAUUCUGAAUCCAGCGACACGGUAGUCAUGGGAGCUUUGACCGUGGCUAAUGAGGAACCUGGACAGAGUCCCAAGCUUCUGGUCGGCGUAUCAGGCACAGAUAAGUCUAUUCGUGUUUAUGAUAUGAACCGGGGCGUCCUCCUCACUGGCGAGUUUGGACAUACAGAGGGAGUCAGCGACGUGUGUCUGCUGGAGCCCAAACGGGGACCUCCAGGGAAGACAACCCGCACCCUUGUCAGCUCUGGUAUUGAUGGGGUUGUGAUGAUAUGGGACAUAUUGGUGCAGCCCCAGCAAUCGCCGGAAUCAAUGCCGAUCAUCACAAGAGAAGAGGAAGCGUCAGCAAAAGAAUCGCCCCUGUCCCACCCUCCAUUGCGCAAAAUCCUGUCACGGAACGAACUAGUCGGGCUCCAACGACAAGAAACUCCAACAGGAACGCCAACGCCGAUGCGCGAACAAUCGCCACCUUUGGUGCGCAAAUUUUCCAAGUUUUCGCUUAGGUCCUCAUCGACGAAGAACGGCAGUCCAGCACCGUCAACGCCUCCCCAAUCCUCUACGCGCCACUCCCCUCUCUCCAGCUCGCGUCUCGCACGAUUCCGUCAGACUUCCUCCCCUGCCGGCUCAAACCACACGCCGGUCAAGCGCGGUAGCAAUCUUGCGAAUAACGUCCGGCGAUCAUCUCUGGAUUUCCGGUCUCACCGCAAGAACGCCGGCAAAAGUGAAUUCGGCAGUCUAGAUAUGUCCACCGAGCAAGUUUGUCGCACGCUGAGGGCCUACCGGAAGAAGCUUAAUGGAUCUACCGAGCACCUGAGUGCUCAGAAAGAACUGGAAAGAGAACUAGGUCUGACCCUACGCGCUCUGAAUUCUCGAAAUGACACAUGCGAGCUUGAGAACGGCGAUGUGGACGAGACUGAUAGCAGCGGGAAAGAAAACGACAACAGGGUCAUCCCAGUUCCUCCUGAACCUGACGAGACUAUCCGUCUUGUUAAGCAUCGAACUCCGUCGACCCCAAACUUAAGACAAAAGAAAUUUUCAAGGCCUCCCAGACGGUCGUCAGUUGAUGUCACAGCACAAGGAUAA